GUGGGAAUGGGGAGGCCGCGGGUCUGAUGUAGGGAGACCCCAGGGAGGCCUCGGGCCUGAGAGCCCAGGGAGGCCCAGAGGGACCCCAAGGAUGCCCAGGACCCGCUUAGGGAGACCCCAGGGAAACCCCAAGGAAUACCAAGGGUGGCUCCAGGCAAGACUCCAGGGAGACCCCAGGCCUUCUGCAGAAUCACCACAGGAGACCCAGGAGGUUUCCAAGGGAAAGCCCCCAGGGAGUUGGUGGCUCUUUGGAGCAUCUCAGCUGCUCCAGCAAAUCCCACACCAAUCCCCCGGGAUCCUGCCCUGUUCCCCAUCCCAGAGCCACAGCCCAGUGCCAUGGAUGCCCUGCACGAGGCCGGGAUCCACGCCGCCGUGGCCCUGCAGGCUGGGCCGCCCUGGCUGGAGCAGUUCUGGCUCUUCCUGACGUCCCACCUGGAUCCCAAUUCCAUCUACACCGUCUGCUUCCCGCUGGCCCGCGGGCUGGACGAGCGCGUGUCCCUGAUGGUUCUCUGGAUCGCCCUGGUGGCCGAGUGGCUCAACGUGGUCCUCAAGUGGUUCCUGUUCGGGGAGCGCCCGUACUGGUGGAUCCACGAGUCGGGGCUCUCCAGCCAGGAGCAGCUCCCGCUGCGCCAGUUCCCGGUCACCUGCGAGACGGGGCCAGGGAGCCCCUCGGGCCACUGCAUGAUCCUGGGGGCGGCCCUGUGGCCAGUUGUCACCGCCCUGAGCAAGGGAGUGUCCAGGUACACCCGGAGCCGGCUGCUGAGGCUGAUCCCAUUCCUCAUCUACAUCCUCCUGCUGGUGGCCAUGGGGCUCUCCCGGAUCUUCGUCCUGGCCCACUUCCCCCAUCAGGUGGUCACCGGCUCCCUGGCAGGGAUGGCUCUGGGCUGGGGGCUGCAGCGCUGGCCCCCCAACUUCCUCAAGUGCCGGUUCUUCCUGCUGACGGCUCUGGGGCUGCUCCUGAGCGCGCUGGCCCUGCACGGGCUGGCCACAGCCGCAGGCCUGGACCUGGACUGGUCCCUCCGCCGGGCCAGCGCCCGGUGCUGGGAGCCGGCCUGGCUGCGGCCGGAGACGCGGCCCUGGGCCUCGCUGUGCCGGGUGAGCGGCAGCGCGCUGGGGCUGGCCCUGGCCGCCAGGCACCCGCUGAGCCGCCGCGCCGCCGAGGAGCUGCGGGGGCUGGAGCCGCCGCUGGGCAGCGCCGCGCUGGGGCUGCUGGCCCUGGACAUGCUGCACAAGCUGCCCAAGAGCGACGAGGCGGCCCUGUGGUACCUGAACGUGGGCGCCCGCUACACCCUGGGGCCCGUGCUGGUGGCCUCCCUCCUGCCCCAGCUCAUCCUCAUCCUCCGCCGGCUCCGGGCAGCCCCCUAAACCCCCCCCCCUCACUUUAUCGGGGAAGGGGGGGGGGAUCUGCUCCCAGUUCAUCCCCACCUGUCCCAGGCACCCCCAAAUUUGACUAGGGGGUGUCUGCUCUGUUGCCAGUUCAUUCUCACACUCUUUUUGCCCCAGGGACCCCGAUAUUGAGUAGGGGGUCCCCAUUUCUGUCCCAGUUCAUGCUCACCCUCCCUUUCCCCAGAGACCCCAAAUUGAGUGGGGGGGGGUCUCCGCUCUGUUCCCGGUUCACUCUCACUCCUUCCCCCCCCAGGCCGAGCAGUUGUCCCGGUUCAUGCUCACCCUCGCCUGCCCCAGGGACCCCCCCCUCACCCCGGGCAGGGCGUCCCAGCCCCCCGGGGCCGAGCCGGGGGUGCCCCGUGCCCAGCGGGUCUGGGGACACAGCCCAGGGACAGCCCCGGCCCGGGGGGGGACACUGAGCUGCCAGCCCCGUCCCCAGCUGUCCCCAGUUCUCCACAGCAGGGAUGGGGCCCCCCCCCGCCCCGCCGGGACCCCCCCCCAGCCCGGUGUGUGCGGGGCUGCCCCCGUUUGGAACCAAAUAAAGCUCCAGAACCGA